AUGAACAGAAUCUUUCCUCAGCCAAGGACCUUGGAUGGAAACCCAGAGGGGGAAGGCAAGACCACUGACAGUGAAGAAGACUGCUGUGGCCCCUUCUCCUGCUGCACCCGAAGGGGUUUCUGGCUCUCCGCCUGGACCUUGCUCCUCCUUGUCUCUCUGACUCUCGUCAUCUGGCUGGUCAGCAGCUUCGCGCUCCCACCACCAUCUCCGAUGACCAGGGCCUGUGUGACUGCGUCCAACCGGACAGGUUUCCUGUGUGAUGACCGGGAGACCUGCAUUCCUGCCAGUCAAGUGUGUGACCGCGUCCGCAGCUGUGCGCAUGGAGAGGACGAAGAAGAGGCCUUGUGUGGGAAUGUCCCCCACGGCCUCCCUGGCUUCUUGGUAUUCCAGUGCAGUGACCCCUCCUCCUGGAUCUUUGAGGAUCAGAAAUGCGACGGCUACAACGACUGUGGAGAUUGUUCUGACGAAGGCUCCUCGGCCCGCUGCCCGCCCUGCGGGCCAAGGUGGUGGAGCUGCCCCUCUACCUUCUACCAGUACUGCGGCUGUGUCCCUCGGAACCUCUGCCGGGACCAUGUACAGCACUGCUCGGACUGGUCGGAUGAGUACAUCUGCCCCAGGCCCUGAGGAGGCUUGCCUGCAUGCCGGCCCUGACCAUCUAGUGGUCUCGCUGUCUGUCUGCGGGUAACAGAAGACCUCUCCCCCAGCCUGUGGAAGGAG